AUGGAUAAGGAUGUGUGUGAAAAGUUCAAGAAUGUAUGGACAAAUUUAGAAUAUGAUUCGAGUACUGAAAGCUAUAAAUUUAAAGAUGAUAAUGAUUUCAAAGAGUACUGUACUGAUGUAAAUUGUGAAGAGGAUAUCAAUAAAAUUAAUGCUGCAUGUUUAUUUUUGUUUAAUGAACUCUUUGGGAGUUCUGACUCGUUUAAUUCUGUUGCAAAAGGUAACAUCAAUAUUGUUGAGUACAUUAUGAUAUGGUUAAGUUAUAUGCUAAACUUUACCACAAUUGAUGAAAGUGGCAGUAUAGAGCUUUUUUAUGAAAUAUAUAUAAAGGAUUGUGAUAAGUAUAACAACAAAAUAGAUGGUGUUACUGCUUAUAAUAGUUAUAAGGAUCUUAUAGAUAAAAAAGAAGAUUUGAUAAGUAUUUAUGUUAAAGAUAUAUCUAAAUUUCAUGAUGCAUUUAAUACAUUAUGUAUGAUGUAUAUUGAAUUUGAUUCAGAAAAUGCAGAUUGCAAGAAUUAUUUAGAAAAAGCUAAAAAGUUUGUUGAAAUAUAUGAUGAACUUAAUGAAUAUUAUAAUAAUGGUAAAGGCAGCCCCUAUAAUCAAUUAUUAUCUACAUUAUCAAAUGAUUAUAAUAGGUUUAAAAAUAAAUGUAAUAAUCUUCCAUCACUUUCAACAUAUUCACGAAAAUUAGUAAUAAAAAGGGCACUAAUUCCAAUUGCAUUUAUAUUUGUUGCCGUAUUAAUUUUCUUGGGAAUUGCAUAUAAGUAUUCGUUACUUGGAUUUCGGAAACGAUCUCAAAAGCAAUGUUUAAGAGAAAGAAUAAAAAAUAUAAAGAAGAAACUGAUCAUUAAUAAAUUAUUCUGA